UCUGUCUUCAUUUUUACGUCACUUCCAUUACCCCGGUAUAAGUGCUAGCUAGCUCGAGACGCUAGCCGGAAAGCGUUUGGAAUUGGGUGAUAAGAAACAGAAGUGUACGGCAGAUAAGUGAUACGACCAGAGUCGCCAUUAAGGAACACCAUGGAGGAACAAAGUGCAGACAUAGAAGUGACAGUCAAAACAUUAGACUCUCAGAGCAGAACCUACACUGUUGGUGCUCAGUUAACUGUAAAAGAGUUUAAAGAGCACAUUGCGUCUUCUGUGGGGAUUCCCAUUGACAAACAGAGGCUCAUCUACCAAGGUCGAGUCUUGCAGGAUGAAAGGACCUUGGCAGACUACAAUGUGGCUGGCAAGGUGAUUCACUUGGUGGAGCGCGCUCCCCCUCCACCUUCCCAACCUGGCUCGGGGUCUGGUGGCAGUUCAGCCGAGAGCGGUGUCGGCGGCUCAUCAUCAUCACAGGAUGGGCCUCAGGCUCCUCCUCCACAUGACCGCAACGCCAACAGUUACGUCAUGCUGGGAACCUUCAACCUCCCCGUCAACGUCAUGGACCCUCAACAAAUACAAAUGUCAGUUCAGCAGAUGGUGUCCGGCAUGGGGGACAAUGCGAGGAACGCCAGAGUGACAACUAGCACUGGGAACAACGGCUCGGUGAAUGUGCACAUUGACAUGGAUCAGCCGGUGCAGAGCGAACCUCGGCUGAGGUUGGUGCUCGCUGAGAACAUGCUGAGGGACAUCAAUGACCUCAUCGAAAGAAUGGAGGGCCGGACAGCUGACCCGUCCGCUCAUACCCAAAGAGAGACUCCAUCCUCUGCUGCCCCGCCUCCUCCUUCGUCUUCCUUCCCCACCUCCACCCCGACUCCUUCUGCUCAGCCGAUGGACUUCUUCCCUCCACCGGUGACACAGCCACCCUCCGCCUCCUCUGUGCCAUCUGAGGGACCGACGCCUCAACCUGGACCCCAACACCCCAGCCCAACCGAGCUGGCCGAGAUGUUGUCGGAACUGCGGCGGGUGGAGGAGAGGCUGCAGCCCUUCAUCCAGAGAGCUCACACCAUCUUGGAGACGGCCACCUCUGCAGAAUACAACAACAACACAGAAAGAGAGGACAACCAGCAGACGCUGGUCCUCACAUGGGAGUGUCUUCGUCUCUUGGGCAAUGCCCUGGUGGCCCUGAGUGACCUGCGGCUGAAUCUCCUCAGCCCCGUGCCACGCCACCUUCACGUGGUGCGACCCAUCUCCCACUACACGGUUCCUGUUACGAUGCCCGGCGCCGUGCACCACCACAUUCCCGUGCAAAUGAACCUGGGCGCCACCAUGGCCGCCGCAGCCAACGGCACCGAGGGACAAGCUCCUACCGCCCCGCCGGCCAGCCAGUCGGAGCAGGCAGGUCAGGGACAGACCUCUACCCCACAGACUUCCCCGUCCAAUCAGCAGGCCGGACAGGGACAGGGCCAGCCUGGCCCCCGCGUCAUCAGGAUCAGCCACCAGGCAGGCCCGGUGGUCAUGAUGCAGAUGAACACGGACGGCACCGGCCCAAAUCAGACUGCUGGUCAUCAGAUGCCAGGACAGCCAGCUGGUCUUCCUCCAGACUUCAUGCGUAAUCUCAUGCAACAGAUUACGCAGUACGCCACGGCGGUUGCGACCAGCGCCGCCACCGCUGCCGCCACUGGCCAGCCAGUCCCGCCGCAGCCCACCCCUCCCGGCUACAGCUCAACGGCCAACUCCUCAGCCACAACCACGGGUCCCAACACCCCGACUACUACGCCCACUGCGCCGCCGCCUCCCCCUCACGCCGGCCCCCAACCCCAGGCUCGAGUGGUCUUCACCCGACCCUCCUUUGCUCCCAAUAUCCCUCUGCCGGCGUUCGGCACCCGAGGGACUACCAUAAACGUUAGGGCGGCCUUGCCGGGCCAGCAGCCAGGGCUGGCUUUCAACGCUACCGCUGUCAACCAGAUGAUCAGUGCAGUGCUUGGUGAACUUCUGAUGCCGGGACAAAUGGCGAGUCAAAUGGCUCACACCUCCUCUUCCACCACGUCAACAUCCUCCUCCACAUCCUCCCAAACGUCCUCCACCUCCUCCUCUUCGUCCGUCUCCAACGGCGACGGCAACACUGCCAGCCCGCCAAAUCAGUCAGAGGGCAACGGUGGCGAUCAGGCCCAGCAGCGGCCUGAGAUGCAACCGGACCUCGGUCAAAUGCUUGGCUCGCUUUUCGGUGCAACCGGUCAAGUGGGGGCACCCUCCGUCACGGUCACCACCUCCAGCAUUCCCCACCUCAUGAGGGGGGUGGCUGACUUGAUGCAGCAGCCCAUCUUCUCCCAGCCACCGCCACCUCCUCCACCCCCGACCAGCGGCAACGGCGCUGCCAACACAGGCUCCAAUCCAACGGCCAACUCGGCAGCGGCGCCUGACCCCCUCAACCCGGAACCGUUUAUCGGCAUCGUCCGCGGUGUCCUGACCAGCAUGAUGGGCUCACUCGGCCAGGGGCAGAAUGACACGGAGAGCAUCGCUCAAUUCAUGCAGAGGCUCUCGCAGAGCACCAACAUCUUCAUCAGCCCAGAGGAACCAUCUGGUUUCUUCGGCGAGCUGCUGAUGUUGGUUUGCCAGACGUUCACCAUGUCGGACCUGGUCAUGCUGCUGCAUGGCCAUCACCAGCCGCUGGGCCGCAUCCAAACCCAGCUGGCUCAGUUCUUCCGCCAGAACUUCCUCAACAACCAAGAGCCCACUGAUGCAAACAUCGCCGCCGCUGCUGACGCCAUUGUGCAAGAACUGGAGGAAGACAUUACUGAGAGCUUUAGGGAAUCCUCAGUCACCGUGUUGGAAGGCGUCAAUGUCACCCAGACCAACAUGUCCUUCUUUAGACAGCAGCUGACACACAUCGCCACACACAUUCUUCGCUGUACAGAUGAUUCUUUCGGGCUUCGUCUGCUUCAGCUGUGCAACCAGGCUCUGUUUGAGUGCCUUGCACUCAACCUGCACUGCCUGAGAGGAGACCAACGCGCUCUGACCGCCGUCAUCAACCACCGCAUCCGGAGAAUGUCAAGCGACGUCAGCCCGAGCCUGCUCAACUGGAUGACCAGCAUGAUGACCAUGAGGCUGCAGUACAUUCUGGAGCACCUUCCCGUCACCACGGAGCAGAUCCAGAAUUACAUCGUUCACACACAGGUAAAUGCUUCGAGGGAUCAGUCCGCCGCGACCGACACGCAGGAACCAGAACAGACACAAAGUGCAACGAUGAGUGAGACCCUCUCACCGGCCGCCGCCACCACAGCAGAGGAGGCCAUGUUAGUGUCGUCGUCACGGGAGACCAGAGCGCCGCCCGCCGAUCUGGGCACCACGGGCGGGGCUGCGCCGCUGGGCGGUGACAAGGCAGCGGCGGGGGCCGAUGGUACCAGCGAGGUCUCUGCCGGAGAGUCGGAAGCCUGGGCUGCCACCGUUCCUCCUGAGUGGGUGCCCAUCAUCCGUUGUGACAUGAUGACACAGAGAAAGAUGAAAGCCCAACCUCCACUGUCCGACGCCUACCUGCACGGUAUGCCGGCCAAACGCCGGAAGACGGGACUGGGCAGCGGGAGUUUGGUUUCGCUGUCGGACGCUGUGAGCCAGGCGGCCAGGACAGCCGGCGUGAAGCCCAUCACGUCCAGCGAGCGUUUGCAGGAAGAGAUGGACUCACCCGAUCUGAGUGAAGCGUACUCGGAGCAGGUGAAAGCAGACAUUAAAAAGCGAGUGCGGGAUGACGCCGACUUCAGCGCUCAGCAGUUCCCUGACGCGCACAGAGCCUUCUUGUCUGACUCGUAGUACCCUUGCCGUCGUCAUCGCCGACCCACUCACACAAUGCUUUAUGCUCUCCCUUCCUUCCUUGCAUCCUUGCUCCCUUCUUCCCUUUCCUCCUCUCCUUUUCACUCAGCCCAGUGGUAAUCACAGAAUGCUAAUAGUGCCUAUUUAUUAUUGUUUUGCGCGUCGUUUGCUCCCAACUGUUCUCAAUGUUCUGAUUUGAUUCGACUGAGGCCGAUUUAGGCGCUUCUAGUUGUUUUUGUGCAUUCCUGCUCCAGUUCUUUUCCUUUUUUUGAACCAUUUCCUAAGUUGAGCCGUCAACCUCUCAGCCAUCUUUCAAGACUCUUGUUCCCUACACCAAUGUACAGUAAAACCUUGAUUUUAACCAAAUCCCACUAUUAACAGCAAAGGCAAAAAAAAAAAAGACAUCGCUUGUGUCAAAUGUGAUGCAUUUGACCACCAGGAGGCGCUGCACUAUUCCAGUUAUGCGCACUCCAGUGCUUUUGUGUCAACCUUCAUGGACGGUAUGAACAUUGUUUUUCGUACAUGAAUGUACAGUAAUGCUUAAUAAAACAACCUUGGUUUGAUAAAAAUUG